AAGAGAGGAGGGGUGAGAAAUAUUCUCCUCUCCAUACAUAGAACAGAGCACGAUGUCGGUUGCAUUUGCUACUCCCCGGCAGCGCGGGAAAGGUGAAAUUACACCUGCCGCCAUUCAGAAGUUACUGGAUGAAAACAACCAGCUUAUCCAAUGCAUAAUGGAUUACCAGAGCAAAGGGAAAACUGCCGAAUGUUCGCAGUACCAGCAAAUGCUUCAUAGAAAUUUGGUCUAUCUGGCAACAAUAGCAGAUUCCAAUCAGAACAUGCAGUCACUCUUACCAGCUCCUCCCACACAGUCCAUGCCCAUGGGACCUGGUGGAAUGAACCAGCUCCCUCCCGGGCACAGCAUGGGCACAGACAGUAUGGUUGGUGGAGGUGGAGGAGGGCCCCCGACGUCACACAUGCAGAACCAGAUGAAUGGACAAAUUCCUGGCCCAAACCACAUGCCAGUGCAAGGGCCAGGUCAACCGAGCAUGGCCAAUGCCUCAGUUACCAUGCCAACCAGUAGCCAUGGCUCCAUGGGAGGCUACAGUCAUUCAGUGCCAUCUUCACAGGGGAUGCCAGUGCAGAGCCAGAUGAAUAUGAACCCGGGACAAUCGAUGAGUAACUACGGCCCUCGAACAAACAUGAACAUGCAGCCGAGCCAAGGCCCCAUGAUGCACCAACAAGCAGCUGCCUCGCAGUACAAUAUGCCCCAGGGGGCGAGCCAACAUUACCCCAACCAGCCACCCAUGUCCAUGAUGAAUCCAGUGAACCAAGCAAACCACAUGAUGGGCCAGAGACAGAUGCCUCCGUACAGACCAGCUCAGCAAGGUCCUCUCCAGCAAUACGCAGGGCAGGAGGAUUACUACAAUGACCAGUUCAAUCAUGGACAGGGGACCCCAGAGAGCAUGAACCAGCAGUAUUAUCCUGAUGGUAACUCGCAGUACAGUCAACAACAAGAGACCUACCAACAGGGGCCACCUCAGCAACAAGGCUACCCACAGCAGCAGUACUCAACUCAACAAGGCUAUCCAACCCAGCAGCAGGGUUAUGGUUCUUCCCAACCUCCUCCGAACCAGUAUCCAAACUAUCCACAAGGCCAGGGUCAGCAGUACGGGGGCUACAGAACCCCCCAACCUGGACCACCCCAGCAGCAGCAGAGGCCUUAUGGGUAUGACCAGAACUUGCAAUGAAUCGUCUGCGGAGCUUGGGAAGAACGUGGCCACUCACCCAGAAAGUUUUUAGUUUCCACACUUGGCCCCCAGUCAGCCACAGGAGGAGGAAGAAUGCAAAACGGAACACAAGCCCACACCGGUCGCAAAGGCACAGCCAGGGACAGGGGGGGGGAAAUUGAUGACUUUUGGAUGCUGCAUGCAAUGGGAGGAACAUUGCUCAUUCUGUGGUUGCCACAUGGUUGGUGACCAGAUUGACGAGACUGGUGGUAACCAGGUUAAGCAGACCAGUGCUCCUCUCACCCUCCCUGUAUCCCACUGUGCCCAGCUAUUUCUAACCAUCAUACACUCCAUCGUCACUUCACUGUGCCUCUUGGGUCUAUCCAAUUUCACAAAUGAUUUGAUGCAAGACUUGACCAAACGCCGUCUUCUGUUUUUUCGAUAUGGAGCAGGCGUGAUGGAGGUCCCAGACUUCGGUUUGAUUGUGCACCAAUCUUUUUGUGACCGACCUCCGCUGUGCAUGGGACUCAGCAGAUAACACCUCCUCCAGCACAAUCUGAUCUCUCAUCUUGUAUUCCUAGGCCCCAGACUCUGCAAUAUCCCUUUCUCCAUAGUUCUUGAUGUCCUCACUAGCCUGGUUAUCCUCUCUCAAGAUCACACCAAGAUUGUUUGUUUGUUUGUUUGUUUUUUUUUGAAUUGAAGAUGCUGAGAAACCGGAAUAUUGAAGAAUUGUCCGUUACCAACAUGAAAUAGUGUUUUCUGCUUUUUUUUUGUAUUGAUUUGCUAGGCUAUGCAGGAGAGAGAAAGUGAGCAAGGCUUUUGCCUGAAGUGCAAGUGUUUCUGGAGACUGGACAUUAGGCUCACACACAGCUUUCAGAAACAAUAUUGAUAAAAACCCAUUCCCAGCGUCAAAUUAAAUAACUCAAGGUGGGGGUGGCGAGUGUUAAAUAUGGUGACUCUCAAUGUCCAAAGGUUAAUACUUGAUUUAUGCCAAAUGUUAUUUUCUCUCAAAAUUGUUCAUGUAUUUUUUUCUGACCAUCUUGCAGGUUCCUCUUUCUGUUUUUUAAUGAAGAGCAUUUGCACCCGUUGCUCAUAUUGUUCAUUCCCUUACAGUUUAAUUUGAGGUAACCUGCCAACCUUGCAAUGGGCCUCAACUGAAUGCUUUUUUAUACUUUAGAAUGAGUGAAGUGGCUGUUUUUGACAGGCAGACUCGAUGGGCUGAAGGGUCUUUGUUUGCGCUGUAGCUCUCUAAGACACUGCCCCAUGCUUCCACCUCAUGAAGUGAGUUCACACGGUGACCACCAUUUGUGUGGCACCGAACUUCCCCGUAAUCCCUGUCCCUCUGCACCCAGCGCACAUUCCCCAUCCUUUUUAUUUUUGAAAGAGACCCUUACUGAGUCAACGCACCAGAUUCAGAGCAAAGGGAUAUUUCAGCCAAGUAGUAUUGAUCAGAGAGAGUUUUAAUUUGCUCGAUCAGGGUUAAUGCAUUGUUGCUGUGUUACAGCAUGAGGAAUGUAGAGGCUGAUUAUGCUAAUGCAGAAGUGUGGGUGUAGCAGCUGAGGAAUUUCAGUUCAAUUGAUUAAUUUGGGAGAAAAAAACCUAGUCUCAGCAUAGAUGGCCGUGUAGCCAUCGUCAUAAAAUCCCAUCUGGUUCAUUCAUGUCCUGUAGAGAGGGAAAUCUGUCAUCCUUACCUGAUCUGGUCACAUGUGACUCCAGACACACAGCAAUGUCUUUGACUCUUAACUACCCUCUGGGCAAUUAGGGAUGGGCAUAAAAAUGCUGGGACUGGCCAGAGACACCCACAUCCUGUGAUGGGGAUGGGUAACAAUUGUGAGUGGAUUUAUUAAGAAGCCAUAUUCCACGUAUUGGUAAUAUCACAUUGCUUUGUUAAUCUCUCAUCACACUCUCAGUUUCUGGCUUUGUUCGUGAAGCUAAACAGCUCUCUCUGUUAUUAAAGAGGGGUCGAAGUUAGCUCUGUAAUUUGUCAGCAAAACAUGAGAUCAUUAUUUUUAUUUGCUAGGAAAUCUCUCACACUCUCUCCUAUGCGUGCUCUCGCUCUCUGUCUCUCUCUCUCUCAAUCUCUCAUAACUAAUGAUAUUCUUUAUGAUAGAAGGUAACCCUGUCUCUGCUUUUUAUAACUCGUGUAUACGCUCCACUGAUCUGAACGCCUUGCUGUCUCCUGCUCUACCUUACCCCAGGAUGGUCCCAGCCCCUCUCACUCGAGUGUGAGCACACACACACACACACAUAUGUUGGAGAUGGUCGCUAAUUGUAUAAAUAGGUCCAAGUGCAAAUAGUAUUAAUUGUAGCUCAAUCAGAUAAGCUGCAUAAAUUAUUUGAGUGCACCUUGCUGACAUCUCUUUUGAUGUAACCUUUUACCUUUGGUAACUUGUGCUGUAAUAAAUCAUUUUCUUGCUGUCCUGUACCUGGAAGGAAUGUCCAGGGAUCCGUUGAAUAAUAGGUAUCAGUGCAGCCAGAAGCAGUUUCUGAAACUAGCUGAUCUUCACUAGUCUUUGUCCUUGUGCAACAGCCAAAUUCGAAAGUUACUGUUGUCAAGCUCUGUGACCUAGUAUCAAAGUGGUUGAGCUUGGAAUAAUGGUUUCCAGAGCACCUGCUCCCCAGAAAGAUCAGGGGCUGUUCCAAAGCUAAACACAUUAUAUUAGGAAAUAGAUGCAAUCCAAGCAAUGUUGGCAUGAAUGAUUGUGUGUUCCUGGCUACUUCUUUCGCAAUGUUGCUGUCGGGUCAAUAUUUUGCAAUAUCUGUGUGUGGCAUUGCAGUCAGAAACUGAUGAAAAACAGACGUCUUCACGGGCAGUGUCUGUAGAAUGGCAGAAAAUGUAGCGUUUUCAUUAAAACAAAAAUGUGCAGCUAUUGCUUGCUGAGGAACGUUAUUGUGGAGAAUUUGUUACUUGAUCAUUAGUGCUGGAUAUCACUCUGUUACAUCCCCUCACUCUGUGCGUUAGAAGUUAAAUUAAGUUUUGUAUGGUCAAUGUGUUCAACCAUUAUACUGUGUGUUCUCCAUUUGGGGCAGUGUUAACAUGUAAUGUGUUGAAUUUUUAUAAACAUAUCUUGAAUAUUCAUAA